UUCCCAAAGCAUAGGCAUAGCCCUCACUACCUAUACUAUAUAACCUUACAACCCAACCGCCUGUCUUUUCUCAAUGACUCUUUUGCCCUUCCUUCACUCUCAUUCCCGAGAUUAUGUUGCACCAGCCGGGGGGGCCUUAUGGGAAACACAAUUAAUAAUUGAAAACAAGCCAUGUUUUCAGAGAUGUUGUGCACCAAAAACAAUACGCAUGUUAAUCCUCUCUUUCAAAACUCUACUAGUAUAAAUUAACAGAGAAGAUCGAUCACAUUCAGAUUCGUAAUAAGAUUAUAAUGGAGGACGGAGGGAGUUCAAGGUGGAACCCUACGAAGGAGCAGAUAAGCAUGUUGGAGAAUCUUUAUAAGCAGGGAAUAAGAACACCAAGCGCUGAAGAGAUUCAGCAAAUAACAGCGAGGUUGAGAGCCUAUGGUCACAUCGAAGGCAAGAACGUCUUCUACUGGUUUCAGAAUCACAAAGCCAGACAGAGACAGAAGCAGAAGCAACACACUCUCGCUUACUUCAAUCGCUCUUUUCUCCAUCAUCAUCAUCAACCUGCAGUUAUGUGUGGUCCGUAUUGCAUGGUAGGUACGAUGAGGAGAAUCCCCGAUAAUAAUCAUAGCGAAGAUGAAACAAUGUUUGAUAAGCAACAAGAUAGAACGUUGGAUCUUUUCCCUCUUCACCCAACUGGCAUAUUGGAAGGGAAGAAGGAAACACAAGAUAACAACAACAACAACAUGAUGACCAUGAUGUGCUCUUUCAUGGCGCCUUCUUCUUCAUCAUCGUCUGAUACUACUCAUGAUGAUGGACAUGGCUAUAGGCACCAACAACAACAACUACCCUUCUUUGAUUUCUUCGUCACUUCUGGACAUGGACAAGGAUCGUUUGAGAGUGGCUAAAAUCUUAUUAGUCAAACAAACUAAC